GCACAAUUUUUGUGUGUGUGCGUCUUUUUUACUGCUUGGCCGGCUAAUUGGAACCCUUCCCCAAUCUCCAUUAUUCUAAGGACCCAGUACCCCGUCGCCGCCAGGGGCCUUUGCCGUAAAUGGCUCACAGUUGGUUUUGGUGGUAUGCUCUCCUUAUCAGAUCCUGUGCCUCAAGUUUCCGGCUGGACAUUAGGCCACGCCAAGCUGGUUUAGGUGGAUGCUGGUGGAUUGCGGCUCUCUCUAGAGCGAAAAACUCCGGAUGGCCACAAAAAAUCUGCACUUCUUGGUAAUGUUAGUCACACGCUAGGCAAGUGCGUGUAGAUCUGUCGUACGGUGCUCUGUAAGUACCCAGAUGGUGGACAAUGGCAUGGAGAAGCCCAGUUUUUGCUGCUUAACGGCGAGAUCAGAUAACUGUAUGCUUCGGAGUGCCGAACUAUCUCCACCGUUUGUCUCCCCAACGGUCCAACACAAAGAGGGGGUUGUUGCCGCCCUAGCCAAGCCCGCCAAAUAGCAUGUUACGUGUGUUCGCUUCCCCGCGGCUAUCCACAUGUCACUCUUGCGUCGUCCCAACGCCGCUGCAGCCUUUUGGCACUUAACAUUCUCUCCUCCUACAAGACUGCGUUUUGCUGCUCACUUCUCUUCCUCACCUCACCACCUCCCAUCCACGUCGGGUUUUCCUUUCAAGAUGCCUGCUGCUCGCUCGCCUAUCCGCGUCUUCAUUGCGGGUGGAAGUUAUGCCGGUCUGUCCGCUGCUGGCAACCUUCUCGACCUCUGUGAGGGCCGUAACCCGCGCAUGUUUGGCGAGGAAGAAUACGCUCAUCACAAGGACCACAAGAAUAUUUCUGUUGAAAUCACCAUUGCUGACGAGCGUGAUGGCUACUACCACCUGAUCGGUUCUCCUCUUGCGUUGGCCGACAAAGACUUCGCCAAAAAGGCUUGGGUCAAGUUUACCGAUAUCCCUGCAUUUGACCACCCGUCUGUCAACUUUGUUAUUGGUUCUGUCACUGCUGUCGACCCUGCCGCUAAGACGGCUACCACUAUCGAUACGGUUACCAAAGAGGCUACCGUCCACGCCUACGACUACUUCUUCUGCGGCACCGGUCUGCGCCGCGUGUGGCCCACAGUUCCCCAGUCUCUUACCAAGAAGCAGUUCCUGAUCGAGGCCGAAGAACAAAUCCACACUGUAACAAAUGCCAGACACGGCGUGGUCGUUGUUGGUGGUGGUGCUGUCGGUAUCGAGAUGGCUGCCGAACUAAAGCUUGUUUGCCCCAAUGUCAAUGUCACACUCGCUCAUUCACGCGACAAGCUUUUGUCGUCUGAGGGCUUGUCUGAUGAAUGCAAGGACCGGUCUCUUGAGCUGCUGCGUGAAGCUGGUGUCGAUGUGCUUCUCAACCACCGCCUUCUCAAGUCCAACAAGGUCGAGACCCUUGAUGGUUCUAUCAAAUAUGACGUCGAAUUCGAAAAUGGUCACCGCCUGUCUGCGUCAGAGGUCAUUAUGGCCGUCUCGCGCCCUACACCAACUACAUCGUACCUCCCUGAGUCGGUCCUUACUUCGGAGGGCCUCGUUAAGAUUAACGCCAACCUUUCUAUUGCUGGCGAACUUCCCAACGCAUCAUAUCACUUUUGCGCCGGUGACGCGGCCGAUUGGCCGGGCAUCAAGCGGUGCGGUGGCGCCAUGCACGGCGGCCACUAUGCUGCCCAGAACAUCCACCAAAAUAUUCUGAACGAGCUUACCGGCCAAGAAGUAAAGCACCAAGUGCUGGAGGUAUGGCCUCCCUGCAUUGGUCUGGCCAUCGGAAAGAAGGCCGUGGCCAGCGGCGCUGACGGCACCACCUACGGUGAAGAUGUGAUGCAGUCCUACUUUAGAGACGAUCUCGGCUGGACAAUUUGCUGGGACUAUAUGGAGCUGGGCAAAAAAACCACAUCCGUGUAAAGUUAUGACUCGUGCAUUUCGGCGUUUUUAGCAUGUAGAUAUCGGCCAUAUGGCAUCAGCGACGUUUCCAUUGUAAUCCAACAGAAAUAGUUGGCAAUCAGAAAAUUCUUAUCCAAUCAUCGCUCAAAAACAUCCUGCAUAAUUUUGGUACUUGUGCUCGGCAGCCGGAUGCACUACCCGACAAUAGCGCACGGCCACCGAGAGCCGCUGCGGAACGAGGAUGGAAAUCAAGGCACAACACGGCAGUCG